CGCGCAAGGCGCGGAUUAUUACCUAGUAAUUUUAGUAAAAAAAAACAUGGCUGUUUUUUUACAGUCAUAUAUAUUUUUCUUUGACAAUUGAUUUGACGUACAGGUAUCUGUUCAAAAAAUGAGUAUCUGACAUGACAAAAAUAAGAUUCAGUUGCAUUCGAUCUUCUCUUUUUAUAGUUGCAUUUGAUCAUUAUUUCUAUAAAAAUACAUAUGAUGCCCAACAUGUAGUAUUACAAAUCGUUAUAUUUAAAUAAGGUAACAAAAAUAUUUUUUUUAUUUAAAAAAACAAAAAUAUUUUGAAAUGCUUUUUCGUUUAGGAUUUUAAAUAGCCAACUAUUAAAAUAAAAUAUAAACCACCGCAAAAGAAAAAAAAGUAACAGCUAUCAGAAAUUCAGAAUAUAAAAAACGUAUAGGUUCACGGGUCUCCGAUAUGCCAUGGUGGAGUUUCGUAACUACAACUGCAUGAAGAGAGCUUUUGAGAUGGUUUAAAUUUUUAAAUCAGUAAAACUGAAAAUCGAGAAUGUGAAUAUUUAUUAUCAUUUUCCUUAAAUUGUCUAUUAAAUAUCAUUAAAUUUUAAUUUUAUUUAUCACCAGAAAAGGAAAAGAAUCUAUAAGAUACAGUUAAAAAAAAAGAAUCUAUAAGAUACAUAUUAGUUGACUGAAAGGAGAUUAAAUUAUAAUUAAUGUAGACAGAGUACAAUGAAUUAACAUGUUUGAUUGGAAAACAGUUUUAUAUAGUAGUACAUUCUUAUAUAUUUAAUUUUAAGAUUAGAAGUAACACAGAAUAAGAUACUGAUAUUAUAAAGAUGCUUUGACUAGUCAAGGUACACUGUUCCAUACGUUUGUGUGCCAAGGAAACAUGCAUGAGUGCAUCAAGAACAAAAAGAAAUACUAUAAAAUAUUACAGAUUUGUUUCUUUUUACAACCCAAUAUUGCGAGAAUUUCCAGAAACACAUAAACACAUACAUUUUGUCUCUAUAUAUAAAUAGAUAUGCAAGUAAAUAUUUGGAUUAAGCUCAUAAUUUUUUGUUUCCAGAAUUUCUAAUUUAUUAAAACUAAAUCUAAUAAUACCCAAAACAUACCAAAAAAAUAUGGUAAUUCAUAUAAGGACGAAGCAAAUAUGGUAAUUAUAACCAUAAAAUUGUUUUCUUUCACAGAAUUGACAAUUCUUUCUAAAGAAAGUAAAUAUAUAUGUCUAAAUAACUAGUCAUACUAGAAAAAAAUAGAAAACAAUUAUUUAUAGAAAAUUAAAUAAUUUGACUUUUUCUCUCACCUUAAAUGAAAGCCAACCCCAUGGAUUUCUUCACCAGUCGCCACAACUCUCCUUCUCCCUCUCUCUUUAAUCAUAUAUAUAUAUAUAUAUAGUCUUUCGGAGCUUUUUAUACGAAGUAUCAAUGGCUGUUGAAGCUCAUCACAUGAACAUUUUCUCUCCUCAGUUGUUAUCAGACAGAGAUUGUGUUAAACUCAAACAAGACAUGAACCACGGCGAGUUUCAUCUCCCCGCCGGCGAAGUUCCGUUUGUAACCGGAGAAUCUCUCGCCGUAGAUCCUUUAGCUAAAGCUUACUUCAACAAAUCAGAAAAUGGUCCCACUUAUAACUUCAACUCAUCCUCUGUUCUUCCUCCGUCCGCAAAACGUCCGAGAGGAUCUCAAUACCUUGACUCAGACGCUCAUUUCGCGUCUCCGGUUAAACGGAGGUCCGGUGCGUUUAGCUUAACCUCAUCGUUGAUAAACGCUGAACUCGUGUCUCAGAUCCAAAACCAACAACAGUCGGAGAUUGAUCAGUUCGUAGCUCAACAAACGGAGAAGCUUAGAAUAGAGGUUGAAGCUCGUCAGCGAACGCAAACGCGGAUGUUAGCGUCUGCGGUUCAAAACGCGAUAGCCAAGAAGUUAAAAGAGAAAGAUGACGAGAUCGUACGUAUGAGAAAUCUUAAUUGGAUAUUACAAGAGCGAGUCAAGAGUCUUUACGUUGAAAACCAAAUAUGGCACGAUAUGGCUCAAACCAGCGAAGCACACGCUAACAACCUUCGAACAAACCUAGACCAAGUUCUGGCUCAAAUCCAAACGUUACCAACCGCACCAACCGUUGCAGAAGACGAUGCGGAGUCGAGCAGCGGAAGUUGCGUCGAAGGUGGUGAAGCUAUUACUGCGGUUGGUGGUGGUUGCAAGCGGUGUGGUGAGAGAGAAGCGAGUGUGUUGGUGUUACCUUGUCGUCAUUUGUGUUUGUGUACGGUUUGUGGUUCGGCUUUGUUACAAACUUGUCCGGUUUGCGAUUCGGUCAUGAACGCUAGUGUACAUGUUAACAUGUCUGCUUGACCAUUUUUUCUUCUUUUUUGUGCAAUUAAAUUCAUAUUUUGUUUUUUUUUUCUUAUAACUUUUAGUUAAGGAUUAAGAUCGAAAAAUAUAAUUUUCGUUUAGCCAAAUAGUUAUUUUAUUUUUGUAAGUUAGAUUCUUUUGUUAACUAUAUUUUAUUUACAAAAAUAUUCCAAUCUUUC